GCGAGAGAGAGAGAGAUUGAUUCCUUGCUCAUAGCAGUAAGGUUAAAAGUAGGAAACAACGCUUUCUCAUUUCCUCAUUCCACUAUAUAUAAAUAUUUACAUAACUCGCCUCCCUUUGCAAUAGUUGCUCGUGGAGAGUAUUGGUAUCAUCAUCAGCCCCCACCAACCCACCCACCCACUCGACGGAGUCUCCAACGCCUUCUCUCAGAUCUCCCACGAUGCAGAGCUCCGCCGUCUUCUCCCUCUCUCCCUCGCUUCCUCUCCUGAAACCACGCCGUCUCUCCCUUCGCCAUCCCGUCACCGCCUCCUCCUCCUCGAACCUCAACGUCUCUCCUCCGAAUGUCGUCUCUGUUCCUCCUCUACCUCGUCGAUCUUGGCGUCUGGCCUCUUCCGACUCGCCGCUUCGCGCCUGGUCCGGUCUCCCUUCCGUCUCCUCCCCUUCCCUCGACACUAACCGCUUCAAAACUGCAGCUACGGCAGUUCCGGAGAACGCUGAGGAAGGAGAAGGAAGUGGAAAGAUGACUAAGGUUCUGGAGCUCGGCUUGCUGUUUGCGAUGUGGUACCUUUUCAAUAUCUACUUCAACAUCUACAACAAGCAGGUUUUGAAAGCUCUUCACGCCCCAAUGACUGUCACUUUAGUUCAGUUUGCCGUCGGUAGUGUCCUCAUUACCUUCAUGUGGGCUCUUAACCUUUACAAGAGGCCCAAGAUCUCUGCUGCUCAGCUUGCGGCCAUCUUGCCACUUGCAGUUGUGCACACUCUUGGUAAUCUCUUUACUAACAUGAGCCUCGGGAAAGUCUCUGUUUCCUUUACUCACACCAUUAAAGCCAUGGAGCCUUUCUUCUCCGUUGUCUUGUCUGCUAUGUUUCUCGGCGAGGUGCCUACUCCAUGGGUCAUCGGUUCCAUUAUUCCAAUCGUUGGUGGAGUUGCACUUGCUUCAGUGACAGAGGUCUCAUUCAACUGGGCUGGCUUUUUGAGUGCAAUGGCUUCAAACUUGACUAACCAAUCCCGUAACGUGCUUAGCAAAAAAGUCAUGGUCAAGAAAGAUGAUUCUUUGGACAACAUCACCCUCUUCUCUAUAAUAACGUUGAUGUCUCUCUUUCUGAUGGCCCCUGUGACUUUCUUCUCCGAAGGAAUCAAGUUCACUCCGUCAUACAUCCAAUCAGCUGGUGUGAAUGUUCAACAAAUCUACACCAAGUCUCUUAUUGCUGCACUCUGCUUCCACGCAUACCAGCAGGUGUCGUACAUGAUAUUGGCGAGAGUAUCACCCGUAACACAUUCUGUAGGAAACUGUGUGAAGCGUGUGGUGGUCAUCGUGAGCUCUGUCAUCUUCUUCAAGACACCGGUCUCGCCUGUUAAUGCUUUUGGAACCGGAAUCGCCCUUGCGGGAGUUUUCUUAUACUCCAGAGUGAAGCGUAUCAAGCCAAAGCCUAAGACUGCUUAAGCAAAACUAUCUGCUACUGCUUUUAUAUAUGAAGAUUGGAGAGAAUAAGAUAUUUUACGGUUCAAGAAUGGUUAUGCAGCACAUGAAGCUCAACGGACAACGUUUUGGAGCCAUAAAUAUCCAAGAAACUAAUCAUAUAUAUAUGAAGACUAUUAAGCUUUGAUUUGAGUUAUGUACUGCAUGAGAAUCCUAAAGUUUUUAUAAGUAAUGUUCACGUUCUCAGUUAAUGAAGAUUAAAGAUGUCAAAUGGUUGGGCUGACCA